GUAAAAAGGAGACCACCACACAAUACAUUUCAUUCAAUGAUUGCCGGUGCCGGUCGACGAAACAGUGCAACUAUACUAUAGCUUAUACGAGUACCUGCACGUUGCACGAAUAGGUACGUCCACGUUGAGUAAUCGCUGAAGUGCCGCCGGUACGUAAAGGUAAACACCUGCCGGAUAUUUUCGAGUACCCAAAACUUUAUUUUUCUAAGCCCAAACGAGAGCUUAGCCACCCACUCGAACUUCUUCUCUCACCGGCAUUUAUCAUUUUUAGUUUUGUUUUGUAUUCUUGAUAAGACUCAAGACUGUGGUACUUGUUAGUUAUUUAGUGGAUGUUGUUAGUGUAUGUCGAAGCAGUUAUAUUGUUUGGGGAUGUUUAAGAUGAUUCUGCAAAGGACAAUAAAGUUUUUGGUCUUUAUGGCAAUUUGUCAAUACCCGUCGAGCACGGAAGCAUCAUGUUACUUUCCACAAGAAUUUCAAGGGGAAUUCAUAAUGCAGAGCCCCCCAUCACCACAGAACCUUAUGAUGGGAACUGGAAUACAAUACAGUCAUCUCAAUAUCACUGAAAAUUCAAUACCGAUUUGGGGAAAUUGUCACCGCAGAAUCGGAAACAAUUUCAUACUGAUGUUCAACUAUAGUGAAACACUAUGUGUAAGAUGUUUGCUCUUGAAAUUAAGAUCUUCAAAUGUUUUGCAAAUCUUCGUUGCUACAGAAGAAACAAUAUCAAAAUGCUUUACGAAUGAAAAAGCUGCAGAAGCAAACUGUCCUUCAGAAGAUACUGUAGUAACACGAGAAGCCACAGAAAUAUUACUCUUCAAAAUUAAAGAUAAUUUUGGACUACCAACAGAAAGACAAUAUUGUCCUAUAGAUGGAAAUUACAUUGUAAAUUAUAAGGGAACUGCUCAAAAGCGGGCUAAUGAAUGUAGAGGUUAUGAUUCUAUACUCAAUUCAUGUCCAUCGGGGUCUACUCUAAAUUUUAUGCUAAGAAAUUGCACAUUCAAAGGUUAUGACAUGAAAUUUGAAUGCCUUGGACACUGGAAAGGACUAGACGAUGAAACUUUUGUAAUUUUUACUGAUAGUAGAUAUAUGUCCAAUCUUAGACCCAAAUACAGAUGUGCAGUUUACCGACAAGAUCCAAAAACUAAUAAAAUACAGAUGGCUUUAAGUAGAGAUUCAACUUGCACGACUGAUCUUUACAAUACCACCAGUGGUUUCGAAACGUUUUCAUUGGUACCAAGAGUUGAGAGACCUUGGCCAGCUGAAGUAUCUUUUGAAAUGUGUAGCUUUCCUCAAUGGAUGUAUGGUGACUGGGAACACCUAAAGAUUAGGUCAGACACCAUAUUGUACAAAGACCAUAAUUCCUUUAAAACCCAUACUAUCAAGUGUGCGGGAAUAUUAGAGGAUAGUGACAAGUAUCUUAUCUUCAGCAGAACUCAAUGUGAAGAAGAAUCUUAUAAUUGUCUGAGGAUAGCAAAUAGAGGAAAAAAUAUAUUAGAAUUUCAACUUGGUACGAAUACUAGUGAUAACAAAGUUGAUGUUUUCACUUUAUGUGCCGAUGAAAAUUUUAAAUCUGAUGAUUGGAUUACCCAAGGACGAUUGGAAAUACCUCCCGGCCUAUCAACUGGAAUGUGUCCUAUCACUGGGGAAUAUACAGGAAGGAUUCCAGAUGCCACUGACUUAUGUACUAAACUCUGGUCAGAUUGCAGAGCUCCAGAACUUAUGUACUAUCAAGUAUCCCAUUGUGAAACUGAAGAAAUCUACGAAGAAAGGGAAUAUCAGUGUUUGGGUCACUGGAGAGAAAGGCAUCUAUUGUACACCUACACUGAACGGAAAGAUGUAGCUGCUGGUACCUAUGAAUGUUUUGUAGGAUCGAUUAUCACAGAAAGUGAAAUUUAUAUUAAAGAGGCUGGUGAGCACUGCCAAAGAACUGUCGAUCCGUUAAGAUAUGGAAUGAAACUGAUGAAGAAACAACCUUUGUACUCUUGUAUAGAAAGAAGUACUACUCCUAAACACGUUCCAAGAACAACGACUAGAUCACCUACUAGACGUACUACUAGUUACGUUCCUAAAAGUACAACCAUUAUGUCUGAUAUCGAAUCCAACGACAUUCCUGAUAUACCCAGGGAAAAAACAAAAUCAACCUCUUCUUCCUCGAUGACGGGACAUGCCAAAUAUUUGUAUUUAGUAUUAUUUAUAUUAAAUAAAUGUUUUUAUUAAUUAGGAUAUUAGGAAAUUUAGAAAAUACUAUUACUAUAUACUAUUUAUAAAAAUUCUCCUGACACAGAAGUGAUAUGUAAAAUCUAAAAUAUGUAGUCUUGCCAAAUGGACUAUCAGUCGUUCUUUCUUCUUGUGCUGAAGAAAACUUUUUUUAAACAUCACAACGAACAUAAUGAUUAUAAAAUAAACUGCGCAUCAGAGAUAACGGGCCAUCCACGAAAUUUUGGAAAUGUUUGAUUUUUUUUCUUGUUUAUAUCAAAUUAAAUCUAUUGUGCAUUGAUUCAGUUACUUUUGUAGUACGUGGUACGUGACCCGACAUUAUCAUUAGUUACAAAUGGAAAACAAGGAACAAUUUGAGAAAAUAAUAAAUGUAUUGAGAAUUACGGUAACCUUUAGAGUUACAGUUGUAGCAAUAAUUGACUUGUAGGGUAAAGAAAAGGUAUCACUCGUAGGGUAUCACUCGUUUCAAUAAUGUGUGUUGCCACCACGAUUCUAAAAAUUAUUUGUCAUUUGAUUUGGCAUAGAACUGAUCACGUUUUGGAUGGUUCUUCUGAGGAAAAUGGUCCACCCCUUAAUGAGAGCCCUUCGAAGCUAUUCAUAUAUGUUGUUGGUUGUUGGAGCAGUCUAUGGGGAAUUCUCACGACGAGGUCGUCGAGGCGCGUGUUGAAGUGAGCUUCAAGUGGGUCCUAAUUUAAACGUCGGCAAAGAGAGAUAUAAUAUAUAUAAUAGUGGAAAAGAAAGAGAACGCAGAUACCCUACAAGACGGUAAAAUUAGUAAUAUUUACUUUGUGAUAAAAUGUCCCGAAGAAUACAGGCAACCAAAAAGUUGACCGCCCUCAGUGGUGGAGAUAAAAAUCUUAGUUGGUUUUUUUAAUUCUCACAAUGAUAAAAAUUAGAACAAAACGUAGUUUGACCAUAAAAUUACCACGCCACUGAUCGUACCCUCGGUUGACGAGACAUCCACACUAUCCACAGGCUAAUAAAUUUUAGCAUUUGGUGUUAUUUUAAUGGUCAUAAAUACCAAAUUUUGACAGAAAUUUCUCUAUCUCUUCUUGCGUUUAAUCUUUUUCACGUUGGGUUGAAUCCCGUCUUCAGUUUUUACCUAUUUCUGUUACAUUUUUUUAUUUCACUCAUAAUGUCGCAACACGCUCUGUCAGUUUUCCUCUUUACACGCCUUUUGAGAAGGCACCAUAUUUUCUCAAUAUGAUUAAGGCCUGGACUUUGAGCAGGCCUGUCCAUUUUUAUAAUACUGUAAGAUACUGUUUACAAUCCUUGUCGUGUGUGAUCUCGUAUUAUCUUGAAUAAGGGUCAAUCCAUGCCAAGUGGUCCUGUAUAAAUUAAGUUGGCUGCUUGACUGUUUAAUAUUUUUUAUUUUUCUAUCUUUUAAACUUCAGUCUAUAGAACAAAAUUUUAUUCAUUUUAUUUUUAAAAAAUUUAUUUUGCCGAUGACGGCCAUUUUUGUUAAAGCGUAUCGAUCCUUUUCACGGAAAACAUGGCUUCGCUCUUUAGCCAAUAUUUUCACUGAGGUUUGUCCUAGAACAAUAAAUCAAAAACCAAACUUUUUAGAGAAGUAUGAUCUUAAAAAACGGCCUAUAGCAUUAUUUAAUUUCAAACUACCCUUAAGGCCUUAAAUGAACCUCAAAAUUUGAAAAGGUAAACUGAUAAAAUUCCAUUUUCAGCAUUUUUUUAACAGCAUAAGGCAAGCCGAUGAUGGUUUGUAAUUUUUUCCUGGAAAAGACAUACGUACAUACUUUAGACAAAAAAGUUUGGGCUUUGAGACUUUAGUAAAUUUUUUUUAAAUCUCAAAUGUAAUUUUUUGAAAAAUCUCAAAGUUUGACCUCUUAUAUCUUUGAUGGGCACGUAUGAAAAAAUUUGAAAUUUGGUUGAAUGUUAGCCCCUAGCAAGUAGAACAAGAAGUAAAAAUUUGGAGUUGUAGACUUACGUCAUAUAGGAGUUACAGGCCUGAAAAAUGGUCAAAAUUCAAAAUGGUCAAAAUUUGAGCGUUUGCGGGCACGGUAAUUAAAAUUCAAAUAAACUGUCUAAUGAAAUAAAAAUUAAUCUAUUUUCACCAGAUUUCACAAUGAAUACAAACUUAUACAGGGUGGGCCAAAUAAAAGAGUUCACCUUGAUAUUUGGCAGGUAUUAGAUUUUAAGGGAAUGCCGAAACAGGUCUAUUUUUAUUUUUAAAUUACAAUUAUAUAUAUAUAUAUAUAUAUAUAUAUAUAUAUAUAUAUAUUUCAUACUAGUGACGUCAUCCAUCUGGGCGUGAUGACGUAAUCGAUGAUUUUUUAAAUGGGAAUAGGGGGUCGUAUGUUAUCUCAUUUGAAAGAGAGUUCAAUUCUCUGUUCAGUAAUAUAAACAAUAAUAUCAUUAUUUAUACAGGGUGCCCAAAAAAAAAAUUUUGGAAUUAAAUUAAUUGACACAAAAAGAAAAAUGUAUGUAAUGUAUUUAACUCAAAAUACAUUUUAUUGCUGUCAUAAAAGAAUUAUUAUUUGGCAAAUAACCAUUGCUUUUCGCUUAAAUUAAACGUUCAAACUGUCAAGAGGUAGGUGGGAGGUUGUUUGUGAUUUAAUUUAGGCGAAAAGAAAUGUUUAUUUGUGAAAUAAACAGUUUUUCUAUUUUCUACAUUACAUACAUUCUUGUCUUUUGCGACAAUGCAUUUAAUUAAAAAAAUAUCUUUUUGGCCACCCUGUAUAAAUAAUGAUAAUAAUGUUUAUAUUACUGAAUAGAGAAUUGAACACGCUUUCAAAUGAGAUACCACACGACCCCAUUCCCAUUUAAAAAAAAACAUCGAUUACGUCAUCACGCUCUGAUGGAUGACAUCACGUAGUAUAAAAUAUAUGCCAAAAAUGGCAAUAUAAAAAUAAAAAUGGACUUAUUUUGGCAUUUCCUUAAAAUCUAAUAGGUAACUACAUAUUGCCAAAUAUCGAGGUGGACUCUUUUCUUUGGCCCACCCUGUAUAAAUUUGUAUUCAUUGUGAAAUCUGGUGAAAAUUCAUUAAUUUUUAUUUCAUUAGACAGUUUAUUUGAAUUUUAAUUACCCUUCCCACAAACGCUCAAAUUAAUGGUUUUUGACCAUUUUCUCAGGCAUGUAACUCCUAUAUGACGUAAGUCUACAACUCCAAAUUUUUACUCCUUACUCUACUUGCUAGGGGCUAACAUUCAGCCAAAUUUCAAAUUUUUUUCAUCCGUGCCUAUCAGAGAUAUUUCAAACUUUGAGAUUUUUCAAAAAAUAGCAUUUUUGAGAUUUUUUUGGGACAAUUUACUUAAGUCUCAAAGCUCAAACUUUUUUAUUUAAAGUAUGUACGUAUGUAUUUUUCAGAAAAAAAUUACAAGCUAUUAUCGGCUUGCCUUAUGCUGUUAAAAAUGCUGAAAAUGACAUUUUAUCAGUUUACCUUUUCAAACGUCGAGGUUCAUUUAAGGCCUUAAGGGUUGUUUGGUUUUUGAUUUACUGUUCUAGGACAAACCUCAGUGAAAAUAUGGGCUAAAGAGCAAAGCCAUGUUUUCCGUGAAAAUGAUCGAUACGCUUUAACAAAAAUGGCCGUCAUCGGCAAAAUAAAUUGUUUUAAAAUAAAAUGAAUAUACAUUUGUACUCUCUAUAGACUGAAGUUUAAAAGGUAGGAAAAUAAAUGAUAUUAAAAAUAGUCAAGCAACCACCUUUGGACCACUUGGCUUGGAUUGACCCCUUAGCAGAAAACUAUUACCAAUACACCGAGCAUAUAGCAUCGCAUGAUGUUGCAGGAUCUUCGUUAUGUAUAUGUAUGCUGUUAAUGUACCCCUCUCAAUCAAGACGAGAUCCGUGUGUACCUCAAAAGAAAUCCCUGCCCAAAACAUUUCUGAGCCACCACCAAAAGCAACCAGGUGUGACAGAGUGCAGGCAGAACAACGUUCUAAAGUCCUUCUGUGGACCUUAUUUCUAUCAUGUUCAUCACAAAUUGAUAUUCUACACUCAUCCGUAAGCAAUAAUUUUUCCCAAUCGUCUAUUGUCCAAUUGACGUGUUCACGAUCAAAUGUAAGUCUGCGUCUUUUGUGAGUAGAAGUAAGUAAUGGUCCCGUUGCUGCACUGCAAACUAUCAAACCCUUUUCUAUUAACCUUUGUCGAAGAGUAAAAACGCUUAUUACUGGUAAUUGGGAUUACUGAAUGGCUUUGGAACAUUCUAGCAGCUUGCGUCCAGUUUCGCAAUGCAGCAACGGUGAGAACGCGACCUUCUCUGUGCCCGUGCUGGAUCGCCGUUUAUGAGAUCCGAUCUUAAUAUAUCGUACAUAAGUUCUCUGCACAAUUGGAUGACUAAAUUCAAUUGUUUUGCCACAUCCCUUUGGUUUGCCCCAUUUUCCAGAAAUUUAACUGUCUGAACAGACUUUCGAUAUUUUUCCUUUGUUAAGACAGGCCAGUGUAACAGUAAGAUAUCUACAGGCCAGUGUAACAGUAAGAUAUCUCAAAAACUCUUUAGAACACUACAAUAGCACAGUAGUUCACUGUGACAAUAGAUCACACAGCUUUUAAAACAAUCAAUUUCGCGAAGCUAUGUUCAUUAGGAACUAAUGAGUUUUGAGAAUUUUAUGAUUUAAUUUUCUAAAUUUUGUGGAUGGCACAAUUUCUGUGACGCGCUGUGUCUAUUAGGUAAUAUUAAUUCUUAAGUUUCAUAUUUGCAUGUACCUACAAACAUCGAAAAAAUCUAUAGUCUAGUCGCAACAUAGGAGGUUCCGUGGGCACUUUUAGGUCGCCGCGAUUUGAUUGUGGUAUUAUAGGUUUUUUAGGUCGCUGAAUGAAAUGGAAGUGGUCUUAAAGCCCAAAUGUGGUGCGUUUAAUUGUUAUUAACAAAUUAAGUGUUAAGGUUUUCUCUGGUGUAUUUUUGUACGCUAGAUCAAUUGUCACUAGUCGUGAUAGGUUAAACCACGUUCCGACUUUGUUAUUAAUAAAUUAUUGCAAAAAUAAACGGUUUAUAGUACGUUUACUCUCGGUUUCUGCUCUAAAUUUUAAAAAACCACUUGAAAUGACAUUAAAUUUGGCAUGCACGUAGCUAACAUAUCAAACAAGAUAAGUGAUAUUGUUCCGAUGUGUGCUUUUACCCUGGGGGUGAGUUUCACCCCGUCUCGAGGGUGAAAAAAGAGACCUUUAAAAUAAGUCCAGAAUUUGAUAAACUGAUAAGCAACUUUUGUUCUAUACAGUAUUUUCACUAAGUCAAUACUUUUCGAGUUAUUUGAGAGUGAAUAUGUUCAUUUUUCAACAAAAAAACCAAAUAACUCGAAAAGUAUUGACUUCUAUUGUCAUAGUGAAAAAACUGUAUAGAACAAAAGUUGAUUAGACUUAAUCAGUUUAUCCACUUCCGGACUUAUUUUAAAGGUUUCUUUUUUCAACCCCCAAAAAGGGGUCAAAUUCACCCCCAGGGUAAAAGCAGACAUCAGCACACUAUAACUUGUUUUGUAUGACAUGUUAGCUACGUGUAUGCCAAAUUUCAUGUCAAUCCAAGUAGUUUUUUAAAAUUUAGAGCAAAAACCGUUAGUGAACGUACUAUAAACCGUUAUUUUUGCAAUAAUUUAUUAAUAACAAAAUCAGAACGUGGUUUAAGCUAUCACGACUAGUGGCAAUCGAUUUAGCUAGUGGCAAUCGAUACUAUGAAAAAGACUACAAACUUGCUGUAAAUAGCGCAUUUCGAGCUUUUCGGCGAAUAAACAAUGAUGUUGUUAUUAACAAAAUAAGAACACAUUUUGAGUAAUCGCGACUAGUCGCAUUCGAUUCAGCGACCAAAAAUACACCAGAGAAGACCUUAACACUAUCAAUUUAUUUACAGGGCUUCUAAUAAUUCCUGAAAAACAUCUAAUUUUACCAUAAUUUGUUAAUAAGAAUUAAACGCACCACAUUUGGGCUUCCAGACCACUUCCAUUGGAUUCAGUGACCCAAAAAACCUAUAAUACCACCAUCAAAUCGCGGCGACCUAAAAGUGCCCACGGGACCCCCUAGGUUGCGACUAGACUACUAGGGAUAUUUUUAGAUAGAGAUGUAAUUUCUUCUUUAAUUGUUUUGGAUAAAUAAUAAUCGAUUUGUAUUGAUUAGUAUUAUUUAAUUUUCAUUAGAAUUUGUUCAAAGAGUCAAAAAUAACGAGUAUGCCUUUAAGUACAAUUAAAAAAGAAUUAGAUCAUCACUAAUUAUGGUCGUAAUAAAAAAAACAAAAUAAUAUAAAUUAUGGCGUCCACCCUGGUUUAUUACGACUCUACAUCUGUCGUUCAUAGACAAAAUUAGAAUGUCGAUAUCCUGUUGAGGUACGUUUGAUGAUGGGUUCAGGACAAAUAAUCCCGGUCAAAAAAUCCCCACAAAUUACCCUGGACAAAAAAUCACCGGACAAAAAAUCCCCGGACAAAUAAUCGCCGGACAAAAUCUCCCCACAAAAAAUUCCGGACAAAUAAUCCCCAGAAUUUUUUUUGGACAAAAUGUCCCCACAAAAAAUCCAGGACAAAAAAUCCCAAAGAAAUAUUUGCUGCCGAAUAGUUCUCUAAAAGUUUUCCGAAAUUUUACCAAAUUUCGAAUUCCAAUUCCAUGCUGAAAACUUCUAAAUUUACAUGACAAAAGAGUGUGAGCUUGUGAACGGUAUCAAGUAAAAUGUAUGUAGUUGUAAUCGCGCGUUAUCAAAACGCGCGUUAAGCGCCUGCCAUGUUGGGGCCACAGUAACGUCUAAUGCCGUUAAUUAACGCGUUAUUUGACAUUAAAGAGAGGUGUAGCCACGACUUAGCGCGCUACUUUGUUAUUGCCAUUAUUAAUGCCGUUAAACGUUAGGCGAUAGAUCGGGUGGCGGUUUCUUUCGACACUUCAAAGGAAUUACUCCGUUACUUAUCGCGUUGUUGUGGCUACACUUGCACUGUUUCAAUAAGUUCUAGCUUGCAGCGCAGCAGAGUAAUUUGUUUUGUGAAAUAGGUACAUACUAUUUACGAAAAUGGAGUGGAGUAAUGAGAAAAUAAUUUAAUUUUUAACAGUGUUUGAAACAGAACCUUGUUUAUGGGAUCCCCGACAAAAAUCACAUAAAAAUCGUGGUGUUCAUGGUGACGCUUGGCGUCGAAUUAUCUUUUCCAGCGAGGGUAGAAGAUUUGAAAAAGAAAAAAGACACACUUAUGGGAUACUAUAGGGACCCAUUUAAAUAAAUAUAAAAAAUCGUUAAAAUCUGACAUGGGAAUGAAUGAGGUAUAUAAAACAAGCUGGUUUGCAUUUGAUGUCAUUACCGUGUUCGUUUUCUAUGCAUUUUCAUCAUCCAUCAUCUUCUUUUGAGUCUUGGUUUUUGUUUGAUCCGUUUAUAAAAAAAUAAAUUCAUAAAAUAAUAAUUAGCACUCAUAAAAUAUACCAGCGUAGCUGGACUUCUAUCUUGACAUUAUUGGAUUAAAAAACGCGUUUUCUGCUGACUAAGCGCUAAAAUAAAUGUGGCCAGUCACUUUAACGCGCAGUUUAUUCCAUCAUUUUUGGUGUGUUAAUUAAUACUAUAAUGGACGUUAGACGUUAACGUUACUGUGGCCCCAGCAUCAUGAGAACGGGCCCUUAACUCAUUCCCCAUAUCUUCCACGAUUUUUGAAAAAACACACUCCUUUACUCAAUUGGAAUUCGAAAUUUGGUAAAAUUUCGGAAAAACUUUUAGAGGACUAUUCGGCACAAAAUAUUUCUUGGGGAUUUUUUGUGGGGAUAUUUUGUCCAAAAAAAUUUGUGGGGAUUACUUGUCCGGGAUUUUUGUGGGGAUUUUUUGUCCGGGGAUAAUUUGUGGGGAUUUUUGUCCGGGAUUAUUUUUCCGGGGAUUAUUUGUCCUAGCUUCUUUGAUCAUUCUUAUAUUCUAUCAGACGCUCUUGGAAACGAAAUGUCCUGUAUAUGUUACACAUAUGUGGAGUAAUUCUUCGUUGAAGCAUGUCCUAUACAUUUUCGAUGGGAUUCAGGUCGGGGGAUUGUGCUGGUCAGCCAACACAUCAGUACCUUCGUUGGCAAGCCAGACACUAAGCAUGCAACAUGUGGACGAGCAUUAUCAUGCAUGAGGUGAAAGUUUUGACCAAGAGCACCAGCAAACGGAAGAACGAUAGGUUGAAAAAUGGUGUCGAGAUACUGCUGGGCUGUAAGGAAGCGAUCUGGAAAAACGAGGUCCGUUUUGCCACUAAAUAUUAUUCCACCCCAUAUCAUUACUGUACCAUCUCUGUAUGUGUAAACUUUCUGGACAUGCCUUAAAUAUUCUACAUUUCCAGAUCGUAUUCACACUUUUACUCGACGAGAAUCUGGAUGAAAUCCAAAUAUAGAUUAGCCAGAGAAUAAAACUGUAUCCCAAUCAUUUGCAUCCCAGUUUUGAUAUUCUUGACACCACUAUAAUCUUGCAGCACGAUUGACUCUGAAGGUAUAUAUUAUGUGGACAUCUCGAUGACCUUCGACUGUGGAGACUGGAUUAAUGAAGACGACUUCUUACGGUAUAACGGCCUAUAGUUACCGGGUGCACUCGCUGCAAGUCGUAACUAAUUCAGGUGCUGCAAUUGGUGAUUGCCUUCUAGCAUUUAACACUAAAAAUCGGUCUUGAGCAGUUUUAGCGCGCAUACGUCCUGGAUGACGAAAUUUUCAUUUUGUUUUACUCACAAAAUCUACAGGAUGAACACCUGUACAAAUUCAAUUGAAAUUAAACGACCACAUGAAAUUAUUUUUAUUAAUUUUGUUGUGCUAUAAAAAUAUCCCUAGACAUUUCCGAUGUAUAUUUAUAUAUAUUAUGUAACUCUAUCGAAACGUACCAAAUUUAAAAAUAUUUAAUGAAGUAGGUUAGCAGAAACAAAUUGUAAAAAAAAUACUUCAGAAGUGUCAUGUAGAUACUUUUACUCUUGCCUUUUGUACAAGAGUAUGUUUCGUUAGUGAUGUUGAUUCUAUUGUGAUUUAAAUUUAUUUAUAUACUUAUUUUUAAUAAAAAGUACUAUUAUCAUGAAA